AUGAGGAGCCUCUCGUCGGCUUCGUCAGACGACGACGAUGCCCCUCCUAUCCGCGUCCCUCGCGUCAACCAGUGCGCAACCUCCCGAACAAAAGACUCGCAGUCCCCUGCGCAGUCCGCCAGCAAGCUCGAUCGUCGUCGUAGCGCUGACCGAAGACCGUCGUUCUCCGCAAACCGUCGAUCUGGAACUGGCGCCGGUACUGGCACCGGCACUGGCAUUGCCAAUUGGCGUCCCUUUGACUCCCGUGAUGCGACAGUAGAGAGAGCCGGCUCAUCGACUGCCACAACCGCCACGACGCCGCCGCCCUCCUCUUCCCUCGGCCUGAUGUUGGCUGCAAAUGGCGCUGUGCAGGAAAAAGAGAUGGUGAUGAUGGGGAAAGCACAGGAACACGGGUUUGUCGGGCGUCGCGCCCCUUGGCGAAGCCCAUGGGCCAUCAGCGUCUUUGCUUUUGUCACAUCUCUCCUCGGUAUCGGCCUCUUGCUUGCCGUCAUUCAUUCGUCCGUAACACGACAAAUAGAUCCCAAGGGCUGUCGCAUGUCGUACAUGCGCCCGUCCUACGCGAAGCUUUCGGACUUUGACACCGAACACACACGCCUGGCAAGCAAGUACUCGCUGUAUCUCUAUCGCGAACAGGGCAUUGACCAUGAUGUCAAGGUCAGGGGGGUGCCCGUCCUCUUUAUUCCCGGCAACGCAGGGAGCUACAAACAAGUGCGUCCCAUUGCUGCCGAAGCAGCCAACUACUUCCAUGACGUCUUGCAGCACGACGAGGCUGCUCUCAGGGCAGGCGUGCGAAGCCUCGACUUUUUCACUGUCGACUUCAACGAAGAUAUUACAGCCUUCCACGGCCAAACGCUCCUUGACCAAGCCGAAUACCUGAAUGAAGCGAUCCGCUAUAUCUUGUCCCUCUAUCUGGACCCGCGAGUUUCAGAGCGCGACCCCGACCUUCCUGACCCUACGUCGGUUAUUGUUCUUGGCCACUCGAUGGGCGGCAUUGUUGCCCGUACGAUGCUUAUCAUGCCCAACUAUCAGCACAACUCUAUCAAUACGAUUAUCACCAUGUCUGCUCCCCACGCGCGCCCCCCUGUCUCAUUUGAUGGCCAGAUCGUACAGACGUAUAAAGACAUCAACAACUACUGGAGACAUGCCUACUCGCAGAAGUGGGCGAAUGACAACCCGUUAUGGCAUGUCACUUUGGUGUCUAUCGCUGGUGGCGGUCUGGAUACUGUUGUGCCUUCGGACUACGCUAGUAUCGAGUCCCUAGUCCCAGAUACUCAUGGGUUUACCGUCUUCACAUCAACUAUCCCGAAUGUGUGGACGAGCAUGGAUCACCAGGCGAUCCUAUGGUGCGAUCAGUUCAGGAAGGUCAUUAUCCGCGCGCUUUUCGAUAUUGUGGAUGUCCACCGAGCCAGCCAGACAAAGCCGAGGGCACAGCGGAUGAGGGUUUUUAAGAAGUGGUUCCUCAGUGGCAUGGAGACUGUUGCCGAAAAGAUAGCGCCUACGUCGGACCCCACCACUUUGCUUAUCGUCGACGACAAAUCUGAUUCCAUCACUGCCGAGGGGGAGCGCCUGGUCUUGCGCGAGCUGGGUACACAGGGCUCGGUUCGCGCUCAUCUAAUGCCCAUCCCCCCUCCUGGAUCUCCGGAACUCAAGCGCUUCACUCUGCUCACCGAUACAAAACUCGACAAACCAGGAGAGAACGGAAAGCUUGAGGUCAUGUUUUGUAGUGUCAUUCCGUCGCAGCCCAACCCGACAGGACCUGCUAUCCCCAGUCAGCUGGAUCUCUCCAAGGGAAAUGCCGGCACCACACGACUGGCUUGUACAAACGUUGCUCCCGACGUCAUCACUCUUCCUGCAUCCACACGGUUUGCUCGCUUCCCGUUCUCCGUCAGGAAAGAGGCAGAAAUUCCGCCUUUUUCUUAUCUUGAAUAUGUCCUCGACGACAUCUCGGAGCAUCAAUUUGUCGCAGUCAUCGAAAAGGCGACCAUACCCACUCCUGGUUUCGUGAUUGCUGAGUUCAGCGACCAUUCCAAUUCGCACCACACCCGCCAUAUCGGACUUCGCAAUCUUCUCACCUUCGGUAUAAGCCUGCGCCUGCCGUCCAACCGACCGAUGAUGUCCGAAGUUAGGAUCCCAUCUGUUAAGUCCAGUUUGCUGGCUUACAAUCUCCGUAUCAGUGCCCUGGAGUGCUCCGGCAGGAAAGAUCUUUUUGCUCCAUUAGUGCGACAGUACCUGGCAGAACCAUACGAGUCGAAGUACUUUGUCAAUGCUCGCCAGGCGGCCGUUAGUCUUCACGGUGUGGCCCCUUAUGUCCCUCCACCUAUGUCAAGAGAGCCGGAGGCAGAAGGAUUGGCAUUCCAAUUAUGGACCGAUCCUACAUGCAAUUCAAGCAUCCAGGUUGAUCUGACUGUCGAUGUGAUGGGCAGUCUUGGAAAGCUGUACAUGCGCUACCGCACAGUGUUUGCUGCCUUUCCUUUGUUUAUCGUAUCGCUGGUCCUGCGCAAACAGUUUCAGGUCUAUGACAGUACUGGCUCUUUUAUCACCUUCGCAGAGGGGCUUGAUCUUUCAUUGAGACAGUCCAUCCCGGUGAUGCUCAUCGUACUCGCGGCCUUAACACUUUCCACGACAAAAAUGGCCCCCUCAAGCAGCGCUGGCCUGUGGCACUGGGGAGGCAACACAACAUUCACCAACUUCCAUCAAAACGACCUGCUCAUCGGGACCCAAGAUCCUUUUUUCUUGUUUCUGAUUCCCCUGAUUGGAAUCAUUUGUGUUGGAGUUUGCACGGUGGUCAACUACAUUGCUCUUUCAUUGACGCGCCUGAUCAGCGUUGUUAUAAGCUUCAUCGGUUUCCUUACUGUUCGAUUCGGUUGGGUCAACGCCGAGGACCGCAGAAGACCAAGCAACCCCGCCAUAUUUCCUCCCUCCUCUCCACGACGGCGCAUGAUCACGACAGCUGUCUUGCUCUUCCUCGUUUCGACCAUGAUCCCUUAUCAAUUAGCAUAUCUGGUCGCUUGCUUGGUCCAGCUAGGUACCCUUGUCCGCGCGCAGCGCAUUUCCUCGGAGCUCCGUUCGCCUGCCAACUCAAACUUUCACAAUUACGUCCACUCUAUCUUCAUCCUCAUGCUGUGGAUUCUCCCAAUCAACCUGCCGACGCUUGUGGUCUGGAUGCACAACCUCUCUGUGCACUGGCUCACACCCUUCACGUCACACCAUAAUGUCUUCUCCAUCAUGCCUUUCAUUCUGCUUGUCGAAACCCACACGACAGGCCAGAUGAUUCCUCGCACCGGCGGCACUGGCAAUGGUCGCUGCUGCGUGCUGCUCCGCCACAUUACUAGCAUCCUGCUAUUAAGUCUUGCACUAUACGCUGCUGUCUAUGGCGUUUCAUACGCCUACACUUUACACCAGUUCGUCAAUCUGUUUGCCUUCUGGCUCGUUAUGGUGCAUUCCACCGCAGAUGACUGGUCUCUUACGGGGCUAAGACAACUUAUUUUGCAUAAUCGUAAUAAUGCUAAUAAUAAGAGCGAGACGGGAAGUAGAAAAAGAGGGAAGGAACCAUGA